GUGUGUGUGGCGGGGGGGGGAGAAGAUGGGGACUGGUUUUCUGGGGGGCAGCACCUUCAACUCCUCUUAGCCUCAGUUGGAGCUGAGGGGGGUUUGUGAGCCAGAGCUUUGCCCAGCUGGCAGCCUAUUAUUACUGUCGCGUAGGUGCCCCAGGCCAGGCACAAGUCCCCAUAGUGCAGCUCGGCACUGUACAAACACCGACAAAAGACGGCUCUAGGGCCCCAGUCCCUGUGCAGCCAUGGGGUGUGGGAGCUGUUUCAUAGGCGACAUGCUCUUGCGAGGCAGGCACAAGAGGCCAGUGACCCUCCCCUCUGCCCGGCCCCUGGGGAGGCCGCACUGGGGGGGAAGGUCAGGUACGCGUUGUCUGCGUAGCCGAGCGCUACCAGGCGGCCCCAGCAGGUGGCGCUGCCGACAGGGCGAGCUGAGCCAGCGUGACAGGCCGCGGCCCGCGGCGAAGCUGGGGCUGGGCCAUGGCUGAGCCGCAGGGAGAACCUGCGAAUUACCUCGCGCGCAUCUCCGAGUGGGCGGACUCCCACCUCACCCUCAUCCGGAACAUUAGCACUGGAAUGGCAAUAGCUGGAGUCAUUUUAUUUGCAAAGAGUAUUAAAUUGACAACAAAAUUUACAAGUGCUUUGGAUAUACCAGUAGAAUUUAUAGAAAAGAAUGUGAAGCUACGAGGAAAGUUAUGUCACAUAACUGAGAAAGGACUAGAAGUUGAACAUGUUCCCAUUAGCCUUCCUUUCCUGUCAUCAUUACAGAGAAAAUGGCAAUCAAAUGGUGUUUUGCUGGUCAGACUUGCUGGAGUGGAGCUGACACCGAAUGCUAUGGUCUGGUUACAGGAAGAGUUAAAACCUGCACAAAUGAUGUGGUUCCAGCUUCUUGGAAGGGAGGAUUUGGUGCUUGAUUGCCUCAUUUUAGUAAAUAAGGGUAGAUUUUUCAGUGUGUGUCUGAAUGAAGAGAUUUUGAGACAAGGGCUUGGCAAAACAACACGUAUUGAAGGACUACAUCAUGACUCUCCAUUAUACUGGAAGCUUCACAAAAGACUACUUCAAGCAGAACUAAAAGCCUUGAAGAAAAAUAAGGGAAUAUGGAAAGAAGAAAGUUACUUUGAAAAACUUAGAGAUCAUAUAAGUAAUAAUAAAUUUGUACAGAAGUUAAAACAAUUUGUAAACUGGCUACGAAUACAUAUUUAAAAGUGAAAUGGGAAGGACUUAGCUGGAAAAAUGCUAUUUGGACAUGGAUGAGUGUCUCUUUGGUGUGUGCUUUUUAUUAACGAUGAGCUUAUGAAGGAAAGCCUAAGCCUUGAUUUUUGAGGCUCCUGCCUCAAGGAAAAAUAUAGAAAAUAGUCCUAGUAAUGUUAUUUAAAGAGAUGUUUAAAUAUAGUAUAAUUCUUGUAUAAGAAUAAACUUCAGCAUGAUGAUGCCUGCUAAAGUGUGUUAAGGCCAAUAUUAUUGAAAUAUAGGAGCCUAAAGUUAUGCUUCUAAAUCCUUAAUUUAGGCUCUUAAAUAAGUGGUCAGAUUUUCAAGAGUGCCUAACACCCAGAUGACCCCAUUUACCUCAGUGGAAAUUAUUGAAGAUCCUAUUUUUGAAGAUCUAAAAUAUUCAUGUACAGUGUGACACUUUACUUACAUUGCAGUGAAAUAGAAUAUGCAGGAGGACUGCUUGAAAACUGAAUAUUAAUUAUUAGAUAUCACUUAAAGAAAAUAACUUUCCAAUAUUUCUGCUUUCCUGGACCUUUGUUAUACAUAAGUAUUUUUGUUUGAGUACAAUAUAAGGGAACACAUAUGUACUGUUUACUAUUUCUGUGUUUUAAAAGUUUAACAUGUUGAAUAGCUAGUUCUACUGUGUAAUUAAUAGAAAAGAUGACUUGACACAGCUGAUCUUAAAAAGAAGUUGUACAGAAGUUCCUAACCAUGAGAAUUUAAAUUUAGAAACACAGUAGGUGAGCAUAAAUUAGUACAUCAAUAAACUACUUAUUUGCUUAUACUAUAAAUAUAUUAGUUUAUACAUUUGUAAAGAGUUGCAGAAUUUAAAGAUUAUAAUCUGGUGGAAGUGACCUUUUGAAUAUUCAUUGUUUGUUUCUAUAUCUAGGUUAAAUCAAGUGUAUUAUACAGGUUUUGUAGUCAAGAGCACUAAACUCUGUGCAACCUUAACAAUUAAACAUGGCACAUUACAUUUCUUAUUCUGCUCUGUUCUUAUGCUUAGCUGCAAUUUUUUAAAACUGAGGACACGUAUACUUUUGAAAAAUUAAAUAGCCAAAAAUCCUAUUAUGAGAGCAGUAUA